AUGUUCCUGCAAAAUGUUUCAACGCUAACGUGCCGAUAUUUCAGCACGACAGCAGUGAGGCAUGAAGUGCAGAAGUUGACGAGACUGAGGGUGGUUGACAACAGCCUGAUAGGCAGAGCAGCUGAACUUGCGGGAAAACCAGGCAGAAUCAUACAUGUCUACAACAAAACUGGAAUAGGCAAGUUAGGAGACAAGGUACUGUUAGCCAUACAAGGCCAAAAGAAAAGAGGAUAUUUAGUGGGACUAAAACAGAAUCAGGAUAGAAUGGUCCCAAAAUAUGAUUCCAAUAAUGUUGUGCUCGUCGAAGACAAUGGCAAUCCCACAGGGACAAGGAUAAGGGUGCCCAUUCCAUCUUGUCUUAGGGGUAAAAAGGGUGACAUUUCAAAAAUAUUGGCCUGCGCUACUAAAUUUAUUUGA